AAGCUCGUAGUUGUCAUCUGUGCACGAACCCUAAAUUCGCCACUGUGUUUCCACAACCGGAAAUCGGCAAUUGCAAGCCGAGAAAUGAAGCUCAGCGGCCAUGGAGCCUGACCAUUCUCACUCACUCUUCUCUUCUCUCCUCUCUAUGGGAAAGACUGAAGCGGAGCAGGGUUUGGCCUCGCUCUCCUCGCGAAAUGCAGAUACUCACUGCCCUUGUUGGUCUGCUCGGAGCAGGAUUCGGACUCUGAUUGGCCUCCGAUGCAUUUUGUUUCUCUUUCUCUCUGCCGCUUUGUUCCUCUCUGCAAUCUUCUGGCUGCCUCCCUUUCUUCAGUUUUCGGAUCAGGGCCAUCCGGUCCCUGAUCCCAAGUUCAGAGAUCAUGAUAUAGUAGCAAGUUUCAAUCUUUUGAAACCGGUUUCUUUGCUGGAGGAUAAUGUCAUGCAGCUUGAAGAUGACAUUUUUGAUGAGAUAGUGGCUCCGUCAACUAAAGUGGUUAUCCUGUCUCUGGAAUCUUUAGCUGGUUCAAAUGUUACAAGAGUCGUAUUUGGAGUUGAUCCAGACCGAAAAUCAUCAAAGUUACUGCCAACUUCCCAAAGUUUGAUCAGGGCGUCUUUUGAAUAUCUGGUCACACACCAAUCACUGAGCCUGAAUACAUCCUUGUUUGGGUCCACGUCCUUCUUCGAGGUGCUAAAAUUCCCAGGUGGAAUAACCAUAAUUCCACCACAAAAAGCGUUUCUUUUGCAGAAAGUGCAAAUUCGUUUCAAUUUCACCUUAAACUUCUCCAUCUAUCAGAUACAGCUAAAUUUCAAUGAGCUUAAAAGCCAACUGAAGUCUGGGUUACAUCUAGCUCCCUAUGAGAACCUCUAUGUUAGCUUAUCCAAUUUAAGAGGUUCAACAGUGGCUGCCCCUACUACUGUUCAGUCAUUGGUUCUACUGACAGUUGGUAACACUCCUUCAAUGCAAAGAUUAAAACAACUGGCCCAAACCAUCACACAUUCUCAUUCAAGAAACCUUGGCCUGAAUAAUACGGUUUUUGGUAGAGUCAAGCAAGUUCGUUUGUCAUCCAUUUCGCUUAUUGGUGGAGAUGGCACCUCUUCAUCACCAUCUCCUGCUCCAUUGCCUCACCCCCACCCCCACCCCCACCCCCACCCCCACCAUCACCACCACCACCACCACCAUCACCAUGGCCACAAUUCCCAUAUAGCUCCUGCAAUUUCACCUGCACCUGCAACUGGCAGUGGUCCACCCGCAAGUCUCAAAGGUGCACCUCAAGCAGCUGACCAUUCACCUGCACCGCAGAAAAGUAUGCCUCCACCUGGGAAAAGUUGUGAAGCAACGCCUCCCAGCUUUUGGUCUGGUCGUAGAGGGAAGGCAGGAAACCAGUAUCAUUUGUCCCCUGCUGGUGCACCAGAUGCUUCACCUCCCGUCUUGGGUCCAUCACCCCAAAAGCAUGUACACCCUUCAGCACCCAUUUCUCGUUCAGUACCAGCAUCUAGUCCUUUGCCUCGUGUGUUUUUUUCUCAUGCCCGUCCUCCAUCAAAGAGUGCAUCAGAUAGUAGCCAUUCUUACACAGGGCAAUCACCUGUACCAUCAGCAUCAACAUCAGCUUCGCCAGCUCCUCUUCCUUUGGUUCAAUGGGCAUUAUUACUAUUCCUAGCUUUGGUAUUACAUGUAUAACAACCAAGGAUAAACUUUGCGUUUCAAGUGUGACCACUUUUCUGGCAGUCGAGAAAGGACUCGAAAUGGCUGGAGGAGUUGGUGUUCCUGUUGUGUAAUGUUGAGCCACGCAAAGAGCGUGGUUUACACGUGAGUGAGUGGAUAUAUUUUUUUCCUAUGUGUACAUAGUCGAUUAAAAAAUCCAGCUGGCAUAAGAUGCAUUGCAUAUUCAGGUCAAAGUCACAGAGGUGGACAGGCCUUUGAUUAGAUGCAGCAUUGCCACUGUUUUGUGUAUUCUCUUCCGCACAAAUUAAACCAGCAAAUGUAUGUUUUGUUUCCAAAUCCGUGUACAACCUGUCAAAUUAAUUUAUUCACUUUGAUGAUUUCA